CUUUUAUUCUCAGCCUCUUAUUUCACCUUAUUAGUGGUAUCAGAGCUUUUUCUCAAACGAGCACUACCAAUGGCCAGUGAAUCCUCUACAGCCAUCACCUCUCCUCAUAUUCCCACCAAUGCCGUUAUCCCCAUUGGACAAAAUACCAUCAUCACCUUUAAUGUUGUUGUUCAUUUUCCUCUCAAACUUACUCCCAACAACUAUCUGUCUUGGUGGGCACAAUUUCUAUAUAUUCUUACCAUCUACAAAUUAAUUGGCUUUCUUAAUGGAUCCAAACCUUGCCCAUCAGCACCAACCGAAGAGGUUACUAACUCGCCCUUUGAACUCUGGAUUCGCAAGGAUCAAUCAAUUCGGCAUGCUAUCCUCAUGUUGAUUUCAGAACGGAUUGCUUCCUACAUAUCUAUUGUCAAGACCUCACAGCAAGCCUGGAAAAUCUUGGCCAAUCUCUAUGCUAACCACUUAAGAUCUGGAAUUUUACACUCAAGGAGUGGCUCCCAAAUACUUGUUGUGAUGGCCACACCGUCAUUGAUGCUAACCACUCAAGAUCCAGAAUUUUACACUUAAGGAGUGGCUCCAAAAUACCCGUUGUGAUGGCCACAUCGUCAUUGAAUUUCUUCAUCAACUCAAGUGGGGGUUAAACACUAGUAAUUUCUGUAGCCUGUCAGUGGGAGGUUUAUAACACUGGCCGUGACCUAUAGAGGAGACGUCUAUUUCGUUCCCGUACUGUAUCCAUUUUGCGUGAUUGCACUUGUUGGUAUGCUUUAAGUUUGAUAAGGGGCACUCCAUAUUUACUUACUGAGUUUAUCUCAUAGUUUUCCUUGUCCACCAUUUCAGGAAGUGAAACUGAGGACGGGGAAACCACGGGAAGUGACGAGUUAGAAAGCUAGCCCUUUUCGAGAUUGAUAUAGAUUUUUAGAUAUGAAUCAUGAUCUUGUAUUUGAAGAUUUUAUGUUAUCGGAGUAAAUUUUAAAGAUUUGA